CACCUUUUAGUGCUCCGCUUUUAGACACACCGCGGACGUUGCCGCGAACGGAAGUCCGAGGCUUAUCGCCAGAAUGUUGGCCGGGAUGCAUUCACCCGCAUCGCCUUCAGCUCAGUCACAGGCACCGCCGCCGACGCCCUGCAAAUCGCCCAUCCUGGACGUGACCGAGACCCUGUCGCUUCAUAGCGAGAUGGAGCUGGAACUCGAACCGAAAAAAGCGUUGUAUUCCUUUGGAGCCCCGCACAGUCACGGUCACAGCCACAGUCAUAGCCUACGUCUGCCGGGCCUCAGUAUUCCCAACCUGAUCAAUAGCAAGAAUUCCACUCUGCCCGCCUUCGAGUACAUUGCUCCGCCGAACCACGCCCUGCAGGCCCUGGAGUUUCCCCUGAUGGAGUUGAAUCAUCGUGUGGGUGUGGGUGUAGUUGGCGGCAUGUUUCCCGGCUUCUUGCACCGACGGUCACGCGGCGAGAAGCGACCGAUUCCGGAUGCCCAGAAGGAUGCCAAGUACUAUGAGCGGCGCAAGCGGAACAACGAGGCGGCGAAGAAGUCACGGGAUGCCCGCAAGAUCCGAGAGGAUCGCAUUGCCUUUCGGGCCGCUCUUCUCGAGCAGGAGAACUCCAUUCUACGGGCUCAGGUGCUGGCCCUACGCGACGAAUUGCAGACGGUGCGGCAGCUCCUGGGUGCCACCGCCGCCGGUGGCCUGCUCUCGAUGCCUCGCCAGAUGUGAGACGAAGCCUAUGGGGCAAGUGCUUUGUACAUACAAGUAAAGUGAGGGAGUGAUCUAGCUGUAGUUCUGCGGUGCAUGUUUGUUAAUAAAUUUUUGAAUUUAUCUAAAUCCUCCUGUUUAAAUUCGAGUGUUUCGAUUUGCUGCUUUUUGAAGUUGGCUCCUGUCCCAGCUUCAACGUCCCUUGGUUCUGAAAUACCCGAAUGUGUAUUUUUGGCUCACCGCAAGUCAACAGGAGUGUUAGUGGCGUUGGGGUACGGAUGUGACUGGUUUAUGUAUUUCCUCAGUCGAUAGUAUAGUCCUUUCUAUCUGCUAUUGCAGAGUGUCAUCUAUCAGCCUAAUGAAAAGCUUGAAAAAUAAGGGAAAACGAACGAAUAAGUGUUUUUCCUGAUCGAGUGCAAGAUACUAGAAACAUAAAGA